CGCCAUGUCGUUCGUGGAGACCGGGAGGACCUCGCCUCCGCAGGGCCGCUGCCUGGGCACCCGAGCCCCGUUCGCUCGGGGUGCGUAUUUCGCCUUCGCUCAGAGGGACUGUUGGGGUGAAGGCGAAGUCGAGGAAGACGUGGGAUCCGACCAAGUGGCCCGAGACUUGCGGGCAGAGUUCUCGGCGGGGGCGUCUUCAGAGCCUAGAAGCGGCUCGCUACUCCCUCCGGAUGGGGAUGGGUCGCCGAUUCUGCCUGAUAAGCGCAAUGGUAUCUUCCCGGCGGCUACCGGCAUCCGAGUCCAAAGUCGGCGGUGGCCAAUCCAGGUCCUCUCCAUUCUUUGUUCGCUGCUCUUCGCCAUUCUUUUGGCCUUCCUCCUCGCCAUCGCCUAUCUCGUCGUUAAAGAGUUGCAUGCUGAGAAUCUGAAAAAUGAAGAUGAUGUAAACACUGGGCUAUUAGGAUUCUGGACUUUGCUUAUAACAUCCCUAACUGCUGGGUUCUCCUGUUGCAGCUUUUCUUGGACAGUGACUUAUUUUGAUUCUUUUGAACCAGGAAUGUUUCCUCCCACUCCUCUUUCACCUGCCAGGUUCAGGAAACUGACUGGACAUUCUUUCCACAUGGGCUAUAGCAUGGCAAUUUUGAAUGGCGUUGUAGCUGCUCUUACUGUGGCAUGGUGCCUCAUGUAAAUCCACAGUGAAGCAAUAUUGUUGGCAAAACUUAGAAAUGAUUGUUUUGUAAUGAAAAGAAAGAAGAUCAUUGCCUACUCAGAAAACCAAGAAACCUGCUGUUCAUUAUGUGGUUCAGAUAUGUGACAUCAUCAUCAUGGAGGACCUUUUAAAGCAACUGUUCUGGAGUCUAGGCAUUGGGAAUACCUGAAUAUUAAGUUUUAAGUACCUUCUUAAAAGUAUUAGAUGUGUACCUCAUCUUUUUACUUUUGUGUAUGUUUUUAUUAGUUGUAGAAAACUUUUUAAUGGAAAUCAGAUUCAAAAACUUGAAUACAGACCAAUGCCUACCUUUUCAUGUAUGUAUUACAUUUUUUGCUAAGGUAGUGAUAUUGCUGUUUAAGAUCCAAGCAUCUUAUUUAUAUGUUAGGAAAGCAAAUGAUUCGUACUAUGCCAACAUUUUAUAGAAACCACUUUUAAAUUAAAAUAUAUAGUUUUUGAUAUUUGUGUAAUUAAUAGAAGGUGCAUUUCUAUUUUUUAUGGGGCAUAGUUCCUUGUGUGUUUUUUAACAUAUUUUCCUAUGACAUAUUGAAUUUGUAUAUUUUUAAAAUUGUUGCAUCUAGACAGCUGUAAGUGUCAUCUCUUAGUGGUAUAAGCCUGAUAAUCAUCUUUAAGAACAAACAAAGGAACACAUUGACCUAAGUUUAAAAUUGAGUAAGUUUAUUUUUAACAAAAUUACUUAAGUCAUGAAACUAUUAAGAAAUUUUAAGCUAUUCACUGUUUUUAUUUCCACAAUUCCAAAUAUUUAUCUUGGUGUAUAUAUUGUUACUUUAACAGAACUUAUAUUGUUUUUAAUAAAUAUAAACCUGGAAGUUUUGUAUGUAGAAAUGAUUGAACUAGUUUGUUCUUAAUCUCAAAUAUUAAGUUACCAAAGUAAAAAAGGGAUUUUGAUACUAUAUAUAACUAUGUAAUAUAUAUUAAGUAUUACAUAUAAUAUAGUUUAUAUAGUUUUAGAGUUUUCCUGGUUAAAUUCUUUCUAUAACUAUGAUGUUAGUUUUCAUUUUCUUAGUAAUUAAGACUUAAUUGUUCCAUUAUACUAUUACUAAAUACCUUAAAUGUUUAGAAAGUCACUUCAAUUUGAAAAAGAUGGGCUAUUUACAAAGCUGUUUUCCCUGGCCACAGAAAAUCUUACAUUAGAAAACCAUUGUAUAAUCAAACUGCUUAUUCCAGCUAAGUGGGAAAUGAGUAUGUUCAGUGUGUUACCCUGAAUGUUGUUACUGAGUUAAUGAGGUUUCCAAAAGUCUGACAUUUUUUACUAUUCAAAAAUCUUUGAUUCAAAAUGACUAAUGCUCCAAUUUCAAUUAUUUGAAGUGUUGAGACUAGUACGUAGGUGUAUGUUUAUGUCUAAAUAUCAAUCCUAUGCCUUAAGUGUUCCUACCAGAGUGGUGGUUGUAAUCCUAGUCUUCCUUUCUGCCCACCCCCACCUUUAAUUCUAAAGGGCUCUUUCAUGGCAAAGAAAUGUACAAGUAACAAAAUUGAUUUAUCUCUCUAUUCCUAGGCCCUCACUCCUCAGCCCUGCCAGUUUGGAUAGCUCCCUCCAGAUUCCUUGUGUCUAAUGGCAAAGUUACUGCAGCAAACUCCAGAGAUGUGCAUGUAUGUACAGUCACAUGCCACAUGAUGACACUGUAGUCACUGCAGCCGGCAUAUGUGAUGGUGUUCCCAUGAAAUGAGAAUACCGUAUUUUUACUAUACUUUUUCUGUUUAUGUAUGUUUAACAUAAAUAUAGUUGCUACUGUGUUAUGACUGCCUACAAUAUUCAAUAUAGUAACUUGUACAGGUUUUCAGUCUAGUAGCAAUAGGUUGUAGGGUAGGGUGGUGCCUUAAUGGCACAUGUGGCCUUCUAAGUCCAUAAGGCAGCCUUUUGACUGAACCCAAAUUUUACAGAAUAAAUCCUUUUAUUAAAAGAAAUCUGGCAGGGAAGAAUGAAGCUUUUCUUCCAGGCUUUGGUGCUUAAAAAAGAAUACUCUUGCAAUCCGAAGGCUGUAGAUUGCCUGCUCGUACGCAUAUUGCUCAGGUGUGUAGUAGGCUGUACCAUCAAGGUUUGUGUAAAUACACUCUAUGGUGUUCAUGUGACAAUGAAAUCUACUCAUAACACAUUUCUCAGAAUGUACCUCAGUAAGCAACACAUGGCUGUGUAUCUCUAUAAGCUGUAAUAUACAAUGUAAAUACAUAUAGAGACAUUUUUCUGCAACUAUUUAUUUUGGAUUAGUGCUUCCUC